AUGUCGUACAAUCAUCGGAUGAGCCAGCAAUUCCAUGGCUCCUCCCAACAGCAUGGCCGGGGCCGUAAGAAAGAGGAUGAAAAUGACGCUUUAAUGCGCCUGCCUGAUAAAGAGAUUGCGGGAUGCAUUAAUGAUAUCGGUAUCCCCUUUACCGCCGCAGACUUGAUUAAACCGAACCCUCAACAAAUCCAAAUGGUAUUGGAAUGGUUUGCAGAGCUUCUUAUGAACGUGACGCGAGAUACUGUGGAACCAGCAAUGCGCGCAGCGGCCGAUGAUUUAUGUGGCGACUACCCAGAUAUUGUGCCUACGGAUACACGUAACCUGAUGGGUUUCUUUGUUAGGCUGAAAGGACUGAUGUUGGAAUGCGGUGUCAACGAUUUCACCUUCACCGAUUUGACGAAACCCACACACGAUAGACUAGUAAAGAUUUUCUCAUAUCUCAUUAACUUUGUGAGAUUCCGCGAGUCCCAAACCCCUGUUAUCGAUGAACAUUUCAACAAGGCGGAAAAGACCAAACAGCGCAUCGAUGCCCUAUACGCGGAAAACCAAGAGAUGGACCAACGCCUCGAAGAAAUGCGCCGCAGUCUCAAGGCAAACGAGGGCGAAGUAAAGGAGAAACUCAGAAGGAACGAUGAUCUUAAGGCCCGCCUGCGAGAACUAGGACGCAGUCAGGAGCGUGUUGCGGAGACCCUAGAACGCGUCAAAGCAGACAAGGCACGGCGGCAGAACCAACUAAAAGAGAAAAUGGAGAAAUCUGUGCGAACUCGACAAGAGGUGGAUAAGCUGCGUCCAUACGUAAUGGAAAGCCCCGCUAGCCUGCAAUCAUCACUUACAGAAUUAUCGGAGAGUUUGAUGAGAGAGAAGGCCCAGAUCGAUGCAAUGGAGAAGAGGGCGAGAGCAUUGCAAACAUCUUCAGAUACCUUCACGGUCGUAAGCAACGAUGUCCAGGCUUGCGUGAAGCUUCUUGAAGAUAUUUCGGUGGAGCUGCAAAAAGAAGAUGAUGAGGAGUCUCGGGCUUCUAGAAACAAGGAGGCGAUUUCUGAGAGGGGUAACAAUGUCAGAGAAGUGGAGCAGACGGAGAAGUUGCUACAGAGGCAACUAGCACGAUGGCAGGAAAGGAUUGAGGCUUUACGAAAUAAUGCACGUGAAAAGGCAGAAGUAGCCCAGAAACGAAUGGAAGAGUUACGCGAAGUUCAGAAAGAGCUUCGUGAAGAGCGAGCAGAAAAGCAACGCGACAUGGAGAGAAGGAGAAUUAGGAUUGAGCAAACAGAGAAGAAGAUGGUGGACUUGAAGGAGAAUAUUGAAAACGAGAUCCAAAGCGCCCACGACGAAUAUCUCAAACUGGAGUCGCACAUAAAGCUCUACAUCACAGAAAUGGAGAAAUGUUUAUAA